AUGGGACACAUCCUGGUUCUUGCCGCAUGUGCCUUCGCGGCCAUCACGGCCUCAUCAAUCCCCGACCGCCCGUCUACUUUGCCCAUGACUUUGCCAAUCCUUGAACGCUCAGAGCAACCCAUCACAUGUCUCAAUGGGAUAAGGCGCUCCGCUGAUGCCUCGAAUGGAAAACGCGGAAUAGAAGCCAACUGUGGUAGAAACCAACGCGAUGUUACUAGAGCGUUCGCUUCGUGCGCCACCAAGGCACAAAAGGGCCGGGAAGCUGCCCUCAAAGGGGGACAGUUGAUGAAAAUUCUAUUCAAAAGAGAUGACGAGGCCACCCGCAAGCGAGUUGCAGACCACUUCGAACAGAUUGCGAGUCAAUGCGGCGCAAGGGAGAAGAGUGGUGUCUCUGUCAACUGUGGGCAGUGUGAACAAGGCAUCGCAGGAAAGGCAUAUAAAGGAACUGGCCCAAUUACGCUUUGCAGCGUAGCCUUGAAGGACACGCAGAGCACGACAGACUGUGGUGGUCAGGACCUUGACGACGUACUUUUACACGAGAUGUCCCACGUCUUGGGAAGUACGGACGAUAUUGGAUAUGGCUUGGAAGCUUGUAAGCAGCUUGAUGCUCAGAGAAGCCUUCAGAACGCGGAUAGUUAUACAAAGUUUGCUCGGGCCGCUACAUUGAACUGCGAUGUUGGGGGCCCUGGAGGUCCCGGAAGUGGUGGCCCUGGAGGUCCCGGAAGUGGUGGCCCUGGUGGCCCUGGUGGUCCUGGAAGUGGUGGUCCGGGUGGUGAUGGUGGUGACGGAGGGGAUGGAAGCGGCCCCCCUUCAUUCCCGCCCGGCACUGGUGGUCCCGGGAGACCCGGCAGACCAGGAGGUCCCGGCGGUCCCGGAAGUCCCGGGGGUCCCGGAGGUCCUGGAGGUCCUGGGGGUCCUGGAGGUCCUGGAAGUGGUGGCCCCGGUGGCCCUGGCGGCCCUGGUGGUGGUGAUGGGACUUCAUUCCCUCCUGGCACUGGCGGUCCUGGUAAGCCCGGUAAACCUGGUAGGCCUGGAAGCGGUGGCCCUGGAAGCGGUGGCCCUGGAACUGGUGGCCCUGGAACUGGUGGUCCUGGAACUGGUGCUCCCGGAACUGGUGGUCCUGGAACUGGUGGUCCUGGUGGCCCGUCCUUCCCUCCUUUUGAUGACGGCAAUGGUAUUGAUGAUGGAAGUAACCCCUUCCCUUUCCCUCCUAACACUGGUGGUCCUGGUGGUCCUGGUGGCAAUUUUGGGCCCGGAAGCGGUCAACCUCCUUUCCCUCCAUUUGACGACGGCAAUGGCCUUGAUGGUGGCGAUGGCGCUGAUGGAAGUUUCUUCCCUCCGUCUGGCAAUUUCCCCCCUCAGAACUUCCCUCCUCCUGGCGGGCUCUCUCCCUUCAAUGCCCCUGUUGCCCCCCAAACUUUGCCUGUUCAAGGUUUUGAUCAUGUUGAGAGUUCAUAA